AGAUUUGAAUACAAGGCGCGCAGUCUUGUGCGCGAUAGACACGGAAAGAUAAACAAAAGCCGUGUAUUUGGCUCUGUCUUAACAUAAAUUAUUGGUGCUUAAAGAUGUCAUUGUCCACGCUGGCGUUGGAUUUGUUGGUGCGCAAACGCUGCUGGCUGCUCGUUGCGCUCGGCGCGCUGCUCAGCUGCGGCUGCCACUCGGUGUGGGCCUUGCCUCAAGGUGCACCGGAAACGGUGUGCGACACAAUGCUGCCGUUCCAUGCCGGCGGCUCGGUGCUGCCAGAGAACAGCGUCUCGCCUUUUAGCAUCGAGACGUCCAGCUCGGUCGUCGGCCAGGGUCAGACGCUGCGCAUCGAUGUGACCGGCGCGCCGGCGGGUCUCAGCUUUGGCGGCUUCAUGAUCCAGGCGCGCAAUCGUAAUCCACCCUACCAAAUAGUCGGCCAGUUCAGUCCCAGCCGCGACGGCACCGUCAAGCUGAUGAACUGCGAGAACUCCGUCAACAACUCGGCCACGCACAGCAAUGCCGGACCCAAGCCCCAGGUCAGCAUCGACUGGCAGAGCCCGGUCGACUUCCUCGGCCAAGUGGUGUUCAACGCCACAGUUGCCCAGUCGUACAAUCAAUUCUGGGUAGGCAUACCCUCGAAUCCCGUGCAGGUGGUGCGACGAGAUGUCUCGUCAGCUGCACCACUGCCCACGCCCAGUUCGCCCAACAACAACAACUUUAACUAUGCCAGCACCCGUUCGCCCUAUGUGCCGCCCAGCUAUGUGGCGCCCAAUGCAGUGGCGGCCAGCGAGGAUAGCUUCUACGAUGGCUGUGGUCAGAGCAAGAACUGCUUUGGCUUUCCCAAUGGCUGUGUGGCCACCAAAUCGUGCACCUCCGUCUCGGCGGUGACGGUGCGUGGCGACAUCUAUGAGUUUGAGCUGCGCUCCGGCAAGGGCACCAAUGCCGCCUACGUGGCGCUCGGUCUGUCGGAUGACGCCAAGAUGGGUGAAGAUCUGACCACGGAAUGUGUACCCGAGAAUGGACGCAUUAAUCUCUACUCCUCCUACACCUCGGCGAAUCCCUACAGCGCCGUUCGGGUCAAUGUGCCUCAGAACUCGGCGCGUCUAUUAAAUGCAUCGCUGGUGGAUGGCGUCAUCUAUUGCAAGGUGCAGCGCGAGCCACUCACUGUGGUGCAGGGACGCAGCUUCGAUUUGCGAAAUGGCGCCUACCACAUGCUCGUCGCCUCUGGCAGCAGCCUGAAGGAGAACAGCGUGGGCUACCACGACAUUGGCCGCCUGCCCUCGGGCAGUCCCAUCAAUCUGGCCGUGGUGCAGGAUGUCGGUGGCUCCAGUCAGCUGCUGGUGCGUCUGCAUGGCGCCUUCAUGAUCGCCGCCUGGAUCGGCACCACCUCGCUGGGCAUCAUCUUUGCGCGGUACUUCAAGCAGACGUGGGUGGGCAGCCAGACCUGCGGCAAGGAUCAGUGGUUCGCCUGGCAUCGCAUGCUCAUGGUCACCACCUGGACGCUCACCGUGGUCGCCUACAUUCUCAUCUGGGUGGAGCUGAAGCGCGCCGUCUGGCAUGCUCACUCCAUAACGGGCCUGAUCACGGUCAUCCUUUGCUUUAUACAGCCCAUAGGAGCGCUCUUCCGUCCCGGCCCCAAUGACAAGAAGCGUCCCUACUUCAACUGGGGCCACUGGCUGGGCGGCAAUCUGGCGCACAUACUAGCCAUUGUUGCCAUUUUCUUCUCUGUGAAGCUGCCCAAGGCGGAGCUGCCUGAAUGGAUGGACUGGAUACUGGUUGGCUUUGUGGUCUUCCAUGUGCUCGUCCACCUCAUCUUUUCCAUCUACUUGUGCAUUAAUCAUUGGCAGAUAUCGGGCAUCGCAUCGGAUCGCCAGCAGAGCCAGCGCAUCAACACGUUCCAAAUGGGCGACAUGACCCACCAUCAGCAGCACGCCAUGCGCAAUGGCAUGAGCAUGGAGCGCAAAAUGGAUGCCCCGUAUGCGGCUCUGCGCAAGGGUCUUCUCGGCGUCUACAGCGUGGUCCUCAUCCUGUUCGUCGUGGUGCUCAUUCUGCUCGUGGCUCUGGCGCCCAUUGAGAAGCUCUUCGAGUAGAUCAGGCAACCCAGGCAGCCAGCUAGGAUUAGAUAAGCGCUUAACAAUCUCUGCUUCUACGCUCAAUUGUUUUAUAACAUAUUAUUUUUUUAUACCAUGUGUAAUUCGUUCCCGUUUUAUGUUGUUAUGUGUAAAUUAAGCGCAAGAGUGUAACGUUUCAGUACAUGUAUAUAAUUUAUUAUUGAUAAUGUAAAACAAGCCAACUUAAA